AUGGUGUUCUUCAUCUGCGAGACAACCAACGAGUGCAUCAAGAAGCCAAAGGUGGAGGCGCACAUGCGCAAACACCCCAACGCGUGGGUGUUCUGCUGCAUGGAUUGCGGCGCGCGCUUCGAGGGAGAGGCGUACAAAGAGCACACGUCGUGCAUGUCAGAGGCGCAGCGAUACGAGGGCAAGUUCUACGUGCCCAAGGAGAACAAGGGCGAGAAGAAGCAGCAGAGCUGGAUGGAGAGUGUUCUUGCCGCCCUCGAGGCGGCGCCUGCAGCUAGCGCCGGCCUCAAGUCGUACGUCGACCGGCUGACGCAGUACGACAACCUGCCGCGCAAAAAGGCUAAGUUCGUCAAUUUUGCGAAAAACUCGCUCAACCUCAAGGCGGACCGCGAGGGCAUCGCCGAGAAGCUCUGGGCUCUGAUCGAGCGCGAGGAGUGGGGGGAGCCGCUUGCCAGCGCGGGCAAGAAGCCCGUCAAGUGGAAGAAGAUCGUCGCAAAGGAGCUGACGAGCGCGGGCGGGUCGAUGAGCCUAAAGGCGCUGCGGAAGGACUGCGUCGCUGAGUGCAUCGCCCAAUUGACCUUGGCGCUACCCCGGCCCAAACCCCUCGGAAGCACGGAAGAGCAAGUGCUGGCGCACCCGAGCCACGGCGACCGCAAGCGCGCCGAGCUGACGGAGGAGUUUGACCGCGAGAUGCCGCGCUUCAAGCGUUUCCUUGUCGAUGGCGGCAAGGUAUCCUUUGCGCCCGAGGGCGAAGCCGAGUCUUAG